AUGACCGUUUUCUGGAAACCUACGCGUGUCUUCGCCCCUGCACUUCAAGAAGGGGCACAAGGGCAACGCCGCACCGGCUUUGUUGUCUUGUCCAGGCCAAGCAGGACUUUCCGGUGGCAAUACGGGCUGCAUAACUGUUCCGGCAAAAUAUUCGAGCUGAAUGGCGAGGCAAACCAAGAGAGGCAGAUGUUUUGGCCAACUGUCACCAACCUCACGCACACCCCUACAACCUAUCAGACACCUGGAGAUCGUGACGAUUCUAAUUGGCCCGGACGCACACAACUAUCCAUCGAAGUCUACACAUGUCAGCUGGGCAUGCAAAUUCAUACCUGCCGCCGAGUUGAGACACACACCGAGUACCGACAGGACUGGCAGGAUUCGGCAAUCGGCACCCUCGCGGAUCCAUCAAUCAUCCCACGAAAUGUCCUGAUGCCGGGGACAUCGCAACCCGACCUUCUGCACCCAAGCUCGUCGCACGGUAUGACUGUCUUGGACCAUGGAAACCUUGACAGCCGAGAAUGGCUUGCUGCCUCUCAUACUCUCGCCAAUAACACAUGUCACCAUGAUUCUCUCGCUUGCGUCUUCGUGUUUCUUUCGACCUUCAUUCCAACUGCGACCACCGCGUUGGUCUUGCCCCUUUUCAAACUCCACCCCGGCUACGCCAGUUAUGUCGGCUCUGUCCUCGCCCAUGGGACCGCCUCUGCUGCUGAUAUCUGGGCUGUCUUUGGCGCUACUAAGAAUGCAAAGCUCCUUUCUGAUUUCUUGCCAUUCGUUCGAAUGCCUUCGCUUUUCCAUGGCGCAAGGUUCCGAAUAAACAUGGCGACACAUACCUCGCAGCCUGUCCAAGAUUACGCUGCACUGGCUAGCUCGAACUGCAACGGCGCGAGUGCCGUGGGCAAGUCGGAUCAUGACCUCGUUUUCGUGGGCUUCAGCGGACCAGGUUGGUCUUGCGGGUUUCCUGCCAGCAGUAAGAUCUCCCCUCUCACCUUUGCCUUCAGUCAUCUCUCCUAUACUUACUCGUCGUCCAUAAAGGCAACCACCUACCUGUCUCCCACCGCCCCCAAUUCCGGUCUAACCCCUGAACCUUUCCUCGCACACCCUCCGAGCAGCUCAGGAAUCUCAUCGUCAGCACGUGGUGUGCUGGUCCUACCGCUGAACCCCCCUGAUAGCAGCUUCGUCGUCCCUAGCCUGAGCGCCCUCCGCUGCUUUAAGACACCUGCCGAAAAGUUGGCGCUUCUGGCAAGAGCCGCAUGGCUUCUCAAUACUCUGCAGCAGCGAGAGUCAAUUUUCCCUCUCGUCCGCCUUCCCCUCCUCGCUCCCACAUUCCAGGGCGUGACGAGUCCCCUCACCUUGGAGGCGGCUUAUGAAGGAAUCCUCACAAGUCAAACGAGUUGA